AUGUAUCUCUCAAAUGUCUUGACCUUCUCAUUUGCAGCCUUGUCUCUCGCCCACCCGUCCAUCCACGCCAAAAAUAUCCACCCAAGAGAGGUCAUUCCCUACGGUGCCUUUUCAACCCCCUCAAGCGCAUACCCAGCAACAGCAAGCCACACUCCAUCACCAAGCCGAAGACUGGGCAGCGCCAUUGUAAAAAAUCACUGCAACUUCCCAGUCUACCUAUGGUCUGUAGGCACAAGCGUGCAACCGGAACAGACUCUGCUCCCGAACGAUUCAUACAGUGAGCAGUUCCACCAGGAUCCCAAUACUGGCGGCAUCGCAAUCAAACUCAGUACCGACAUCGACGGGUUGUACACCAGUGCGCCGCAGAUGAUCUUUGCGUACAAUCUAUCUUAUUUCAAGGCCCGAGGUGACAAUGGCGAGAAAGUCUGGUAUGAUCUCUCUGAUGUCUUUGGAGAUCCGUUUGAUGGGUAUCCUGUUAGUCUGACACCGGCGGAACCAUCGAUUCAUUGGGCGAAUGGGGUACCGCCUGCUGGAAGCCAAGUUCGAGUUAUUUCUUCAUCGACGGAUUUGGUCUUGUCGCUUUGUUAG